ACUUUAUGUACGGGUGAUCAGUUACCGACAAAUUACGUUGAAAUUACAAGUGUCAUUGUGUUAUUCGAACUACAAGUAAUAAAUAGUUAAUAUUCUUUUUUUAAAUAUACAUUUUUUUUUAAAAAAUGACUUCUGACAGAGUUAUAUGCUCACUGGUGAUAUUAUUAUCAUUGGUAUACAGAUCGACAUGCAUCAGCUGCUACUAUUGCAACAGCGCGAACAACACUGCCUGUUUGGACGUCAACAUGUACGAGGAUGAGAUCCGGUCGAGACUCAUACCGAUUGUUCAGUGCGAAACCGCGAUACCCAGUUCGAUCGCGCCGAGCUUCUUUUGCAGGAAAAUCGUUCAAACCAUUUUCCAUUCCCACCGAGAAUCGGAAGUCCGGGUAACGCGUGGUUGCGGGUGGGUUCAAGAUGAAAGGGAUUGCUAUCGCGACGACAACAGCGACCACCUGGGCACAGUCUGUCAAUGUUUCAAUGACCUCUGCAACAGUGGUGACAGCGUUGACCCCGCUGGCAUGACUUUGAUAUUCAUCGUCUUCGCCAUGGUUUUACAAUUCUUGCGUUAAGGCCAAGAAAGUUGUAAAGUUGCCAAGAUUAUUAUUAGAUUACAGUAUCCACAAUUUUUAUGUCAAGUUUUUUAUACAAAUUUUUGUUUUAUAACAAUGAAUAAAAAAAUAAAAAAAUA